CCGCUAGCUACCUGCUACAGUCAGUAGUCACCACCACGAUAGAUGAAGCAUAAAUUCGGAGCUGCCUGAUCGAUCGCCGCGGCUAGCUAGAAGGCGACAGAGACGCCAUGGCGGGCGGCGUCGUGAAGGUGUACGGCGCGACGGCGUCGCCGUUCGUGGCGACGGUGCUGGUGUGCCUGGAGGAGGUCGGCGCCGCCUACGAGGUCGUCCCCCUCGACAUGGCGGCGUGCGAGCAGAAGGCGCCGCACCACCUCGCCCGCAACCCGUUCGGCAGGAUCCCCGCCUUGGAGGACGGAGACCUCACGCUGUUUGAAUCACGUGCGAUCUCGCGGUACGUGCUCCGCAAGUACAGCAACGCCGCCGGCGGCGCGGACCUGCUGAGGGAAGGCAACCUCGAGGAGGCCGCGAUGGUGGACGCGUGGGUGGAGGCGGAGGCCCACCAGUACCAACCGGCCAUCUCCCACAUCGUGCGGCAGUGCGUGAUCCUGCCGAUGAUCGGCGGCGCCCGCGACCAGCGCGUCGUCGACGAGCACGCCACCAAGCUGAGGGAGGUGCUGCGGGUGUACGACGCGCGGCUGGGCGAGCGCGCCUACCUCGCCGGGGAGUUCGUCAGCCUCGCCGACCUCGCCCACUUCGGCUUCACGCACUACCUCAUGCGCACCGAGUACGCGGCGCUGGUGGAGGAGCGCCCCAACGUCAGGGCGUGGUGGGGCCGCCUCUCGGCGAGGCCGGCGGUGAAGAAGGUGGCCGCGCUCAUGCCCACCGACUGGUGAACCGAGUCCUGACAAAGGGCGGUGUUCAAUUCAGAUUUCAGACAUGAAUUUGACAUAAGUUUGUGCCAUGUCGAUUGUAAAAUUCAUUGAGUUAUCGGGAUUGGCUUGCCGCCACCAACCUCA